GAAUGUGGACCAUUGUGAAGUGCAACGCUACAUGGUGUAAGUUGAGAACGCAACUAUCUUUGUGUAUUUCAGACACAGCAAAAAGAGCCAAUUUUAGCCGUCACACCGUAUCGGAAUUAGUAGCCUCAUCCAAUGUUGGUUCGAGCUCAGAUCUCAGCCGAGGAACAGCUGCAUCCAAAUGAGUUAGUCUUCUAGAGAAGGUGGAAGGAUAUAGCACACAAUUGAUGCCAGCCUUCUGCGACAACUUCCAGUGUCUAGGCGUCAAUACUGCGUGCAUUGCCACACCUUGGCCUACAUAGCUCCUUGCUCUCGUCCUCUGGACCUAUCCUCAUCGUCCCUAGAGUAAGAUGAGUUUAGACCAAAACCUUUUCACGCUUAGUGUACAACCUAGCAAAGAUGACCCAAACGUGCUAGAUCUAGUGGACCCGUCUGGGAAUGCUCAUUACCGGAAGGAACGAGUGCUUGGAGAUAUAUACAAGAUCAAUAUUUAUGAUCCACUUUCAGAGUCGCUUCUAGCAACGGCGACCGCGCCGAAUGCAGCGAGCAAACACAAGACAAUCGAGCUUCAUAAUCCAUCUUCGGUUGUGGAACUGAAAUACUCGGGAACUAUCUCAUUCAAAUGGAGGUUCAAAUGGGAGGAGCAUGAAUUCGAAUGGAAGCGCGAGGAAUGCUAUAUCCUGCGUAAGCCAGACCCGGCUGUAUUGGUUGCUAUUACAAAGGAACCGCCCGGUCGCUUGAAGACCUCGACUGUACAAAUACUAGAUUAUAAUCUGAAUCGAUUUGAUAUCGAUGACCGCAAAGGUCUGGAGAUCGUCAUGCUGACGGCACUCUUAACCUUCCAGGAUACCAAUGAAGCCUAUCAUACCCCUACAACUACCCCUCCUGCGGUGUCUUCAUCUACGAAGCCGACAACAAAUACCACAGACAGUCCUACACCGCAAGCGCUUGGUAAUUUACCCCCUCAGAACCAUGGGCCUCCUCCUGUCGUACCCCCAAAGCCCGCGCCGAAGACUGGCGUCGAACGAAUAGCGGAACUUCACAUGAUCCGGACUCUUCAGGGCGAAGGCGAAGCGAACGAGGUCGAGAUAGGCAUGGAAGGCGGCGUAGAUGAUUAUGCAAAGUAUGCCGAAGGUUUGCUCAAGGACGAAGCAAUGCUUUUCAUCACACUGCGGUCAGCGUCCGCAGCACAAGUACCAAAGGUUCUUCGGGUUGUCGAAGAGACAAAGCGACUCAGACACAAGUCUGGGCUCGCUGAGAGCGAGGAACUCUAUCAGUACGUCGUCUAUGAUGCGCCGGGCGAUAAGGCCAAAGGACCCAAGCGCAUCAAUUUGGAUGAUCCUAUGCCCGUAGGAAAGAAGGGGUAUAGGCCGCCGUCGAAUCUCACGGUUCACCUUAGCAAGAUUGAUAUGCCAGAACUUCAACCUAAGGCAGAUCCUGGCCUUACUUCGAAGCCUAGUAAGGCGGGCAAAGACAAGCCUCCUCCUCCUGUAGUGGACUCGAAGCCAAAGAAGGACAAGAAGGACAAGAAGGAGAAAGAUAAAAAGGACAAGGACAAGAAAGACUCGAACAAACCGUCACCCCCUCCUCCGAAUAAACACACAAGACCUGGAUCAUCAUCGACCCCUCCAAUACCGCCCUCACAUCUACGCCCAAUGUCUUCAUAUUUUGGUCAAAAUGAUUCUUCGUAUCCCUCCAGUGCUUUUCCUAGCUCCUCCCCUUCAUCAUUCGUUCCGGGAGCCGGCGGACCCGGCUUCCCUGCCCCUCCACCUCCGCCUGGGCCGUUCACCCCUCCGCCAAUGCAUACAUACCCAGGUGGUACAGCGAACAGUUUUUAUGGUGCUGGGCCUGGGUAUAAUCCCAUGCCACCGUCUGGAGGUUAUGGAUAUAAUCCAAGCUAUUACUGAUUGCAUUUGGUAUGCUUUGCUUUCUAUCUAUGUAUUAUUGAGGACUUUCAUCGGAUACAACUCUAUAAAUGAACCUAUCGAGGUCGCUAGACCAUAACAGCAUUGUUUCAUGAGUUGCUUCUGUCGUAGAUUUUGAAGUUGCACUGUUUAUCUCAG